UUGAGCGCUUCCUCCCACGCCCAGGAGCGAGCAGCAGAGAAUUCGUAGAAGCAACACAAGCAGAAGAAAUCAACAUGAUACAGCGCUGGACGAUGACAGGCUUUCGAUUAUAUAAGCUCCUGGCUUCUUUUCUCCUUAUCUUCGUUCACGCUCAAGACAGCCCCGGGGGAGUGCUCAGGUUCCAGGACCUCAUGCCCGAGAACCCCAAGGACUACGACAAGAUGCGGCCGCCCAAGAAGGACGGCCAGCCCACGCGGGUCUACUUCCACGUCACCGUCAUGGGCGUCGACUCGGUCAACGAAAACUCCAUGACAUACGUGGCAGAUAUAUUCUUCGCUCAAUCUUGGGAGGAUCACAGACUGCGCCUCCCAGACAACAUGAAUUCCAGUUACAGGCUUUUGGAGGUGGAGUGGCUGAAGGACCUGUGGAGACCCGACAGCUUCUUCAAGAACGCAAAGCAGGUGACCUUCCAGACGAUGACGAUUCCUAACCAUUACGUGUGGCUGCACAAGGACUCAACCAUACUCUACAUGGUCAAGUUGACUCUGACUCUAUCGUGUGCCAUGAACUAUGCCAUCUAUCCCCAUGACACUCAGGAAUGUCGACUGCAGAUGGAAAGUCUAUCCCACACGACCGAGGACCUCGUGUUUGACUGGGAGCCGGACGUGCCCCUCGAAGUAGGGGAUAACAUCGAACUCCCGCAGUUUGAUCUGGUGAAGAACUACACUGCUGACUGUACGCAAGUUUAUGUCACGGGCAACUUCACGUGCCUGGAAGUUGUAUUCCAGCUGAAGAGGCGUCUCGGAUAUUAUCUCUUUCACACCUACAUGCCCACCUGCCUCAUCGUCAUCAUGUCUUGGGUGUCGUUCUGGAUCAAGCCUGAGGCGGCGCCCGCCCGCGUCACGUUGGGCGUCACCUCACUCCUCACACUGUCCACGCAGCACGCUAAGUCGCAGGCGGCACUCCCCCCCGUCUCCUACAUCAAAAUCAUCGACAUGUUCAUGUCCACUUGCACGGUGUUCGUGUUCCUGGCGCUGAUGGAGUACGCCCUCGUCAAUGUGGUGCUGGGCGACGGGCCGGAGCGACCUCCCAAGAAGGGCGGGACCAAGUGCCACAAGUGCUACCUCAUUGAGAAUGGGAGACUCGGCGUUUCUAACACUGCCCAUUCGUCCCUUGGUCGGGCGUCGCGAGGAAGGACCAGCAGCCACAGUCGCAGCAUUCAUGAUAAUGGUCCCGGUUCCCAGACGCCCAUGUAUGGUACACUGGCUCAUGGUUCUCCUACCCACGGUGGUCACGCUCGCAGUAGCCACGCAACGCUGGAGAAAAGCAGCCUGGGUCGCGGCACUCUGGACCACAUGAGCCUGAGUCGGGGAACGCUGGAUCAUAUCAGUCAGGAGCGCGCCACUCUCGACCACAUGAGCCUGAGCCGCGGAACCCUCGAUCACAGCAGUAUCGGGCGCGGGACACUGGAUCACGUCAACCUGAGCCACGGGACGCUGGAGCACAGCAGUCUGGGUCGCGGCGCAAUGGACCACAGCAGUCUUAGCCACGGAGUGAUGGAGCACAGCAGCCUUGGACGCGGGGUCAUGGAUCACGGCAACCUGAGUCGUGGAGCCCUGGAACGCAGCAGCUUCAGUCACGGGAGGCUUGACCACCUCACCCUGGGGCCCGGGACACUCGUUCACGGCAGCCUCAGUCAUGGCACCUUGGAUCACGGGGGCCCGUGCCAUGGGACGCUGCGCCAUGGAAGCCUCAGUCACGGAACAUUGGUCCAUGGCAGUCUCGGUCAUGGGAUUCAUGACCACAGCAACCACUGUCAUGGACCGCUGGACCAUGGGAGCCAGUUCUUAGACCAUGGCAGCCAGUUCCACGGAACAAUGGACCAUGGAGGCCAGUGUCACGCCGCCCUAGAGGAGGUGAGCCCGUGUCUCGGAACGCUGGACCAUAGCAGCCAGUGCCCCGCGGCGCUGGAGGGGACGAUGGAGCACGAUCGGCUCAGCCAUCACGAAAGGCUGAGCCACGGGACGCUGGAGAGAGGCAGUCUGAGCCACUCGACCCUAGACCACGGUCGGCUCAGCCACGGGUCGCUGGACGCCGCUACACUGAUGCGCGGGGAGCUGGAGCCGAGCCUGAGCCAGGUAACACUGAGCCACGGGACGCCGUCGCAGAGGUCGUCCCGCCACACGUACCGCUCGCUCAGCGCGCCCGCGCACGACCACGUCGCUCGAGACAGCGCCGCGGCAGUUCAUGACAUCUCGACGCAGUGUAAUUACGCAUACGGGGACAUGCUGUGUCCCCCCCUUCCGAGUGUGCCCCCACCCCCGCCCCCGCCCGCGCGCAUGCCAGGCCCGACGGCGGCGCAGAAGCGGCGGGCGAGAGCCAUCUUGGUGGACCGAUUUUCUAGAGUGUUCUUCCCCUCAACCUUCGGCCUCAUCAAUGCCGUCUACUGGAUUAUAUUCUGGCUGUAUCUUUAGCAGCGACGCAACUUGUUAUCUCUUUUUAGGGUGUAGUAUAAGGUCCCUCUCGGAACGACUAAAGACAAAGACUGUCCACAAGCAGCCGAGGAAUCAUGUGGCUUGGGUGGGUCACAUAGAGGCAAGACAUUUUGUACAGAUACUAAACUAGAAUUUGUGUGACCCUACGUCGAGCACCGAACUAAGUCUUUUCUUUAACCGCAUCUAGAAAAUCUGUUUAGUAAAAUAUAUAACGUUUUACACA